UAUCUAACAGGAUGAAGACAGUUAAUUUCUAUGUCCUGUUACUUUGCUGGAAAACAGUAUAUUCCAAUCACUGUGUGCUAUCCAAUGUCACAAUAGCAGUGGAGAAGGAGGAAUGCGGGUUUUGCAUCAGUGUAAAUGCAACUUGGUGCUCUGGUUACUGCUACACAAAGGAUCCUCUUUAUAAGUUCUCCCGAAAGAAACCUGUUCAGAACGUCUGCACAUUCAAGGAGAUUGUAUACGAGACAGUAAAGAUCCCAGGAUGCGCUGAUCAUGCAGAAUCAUUUUAUUCUUAUCCAGUAGCAACAGGAUGUCACUGUGAGAUCUGUGAUGGAGACCUCACCGACUGUAGCACCACAAAUGGUUUAAAUCCAAGUUAUUGUUCUUUUGGUCAAAACCAGCUCAGAGAAUAAGAACUGAUCCAUUUAUUCCUUUUGUUUCAUUUGUGAUAAAUGCUAUCAUGAGUGUGAGAGAAAAAGAAGAUGGGUAGUUAAUACUGCCAAUGUAAGCAAAGAACAUUAUAUGUUGCAUUUAUCUUCAGUGGCUUCCCUGUGGUUUCUGACACAAUUUUGUUUAUGUUCAACAUAAACACCUCUACACCUCUGUUCCUCCCAAUGUUCUAACUUCCAGUUACACUGUGUACUGUUGGACUUCCCCCACCUGAUUUUAUAAAUUAAUCUGCUUACUACUCAUCUGUUAGAGUCAAUAUGUGAAGGGGAGAAUGGGCUUUUGACCGCAGGUCUUGCCUUUGACAACCACCCAUAGGCUAUACUUUAUGCACAGAUCUUAUCUUGUACACACGUACAAGAUGAAUAUGCCAUACCUUGCAAAAACAACUAGAUUCAGAUCACAGAUGAAAAGCUUGUGCAUGUACAAGCAUAGGCUCUGUCCACAAGGUACAAUUUAUUUUGCAGAUUACUGCCAUGAUCCCAGUCCCUCUUCAGGUUUUGACAGUAAUCUAUUUGCAAUCAUCAGCACAGAGGUACUGUUGCUGAUACUUGCAAUACUAUCUACUGUAGUAUGUCAAAGCAUAGGAAAAAACCUGCUUGAUACUAGUGGUCUGUCUAGUCCAGCUUGUUUCUCACAGUGGCCAACCAGAUGCUCCUGGAAGGCUUACAAAUAGGGCAUAGAAGAUAAGGCCUUGUUUUUGUCCUUGAGCAUUGGUAUUCAGAGAUUUACUGCCUCUGAAUCUGGAGGUGCAACUUAAUUCACCAUGGCUGAUAUACACAGAUUAUACACCAUGGCUGAUAUACCCAGUCCUCUUCUGAAACCAUCUAAAGCUCUGCUUAUAGUGAAUGCACGUGCAUCCUGCAUGUACAUGUUGUUUGUAAGAAAACACCACCAGAUGCUCACUUUAUAAAUGAAGUUGUGGACAAGUACCUAGAUAAAUGUGUGUGUUAAGUCAUGCAUUCAGUUAUACAUGCAUUGAAUGUAACAUGAGAACUAUUCAAGGGACAUAAGAAGAAUAAAGGUACAACGUACACAGAUUGUAUGUGCAUUCAAUAUGAGAAUUUUGCCAUCACUACAUCUUGUGGCAGAAAAUUUUCCAAAAAUAUAGCGGGACUGGAAACACACAUGAAGCUGCCUUACACUGAAUGAAACUAUUGGUCCGGCAAGCUCAGUAACAUCUACUCAGCCUGGCAGUGGUUCUCCAGGGUCUCAGGUAGUGGUCUUUCAUACCACCUCCUACUUGGUCCUUUUAGCUGAAAAUGCUGUUGAUUGAACCUGGGACUUUCUGCAUGUAAAGCAGAGGAUCAUCUACUGAGCCACAGCCCCUUGCUUAGGAGUACCUAUGAAGCUUCCUUAAGCAAAGCCAGACCAUUUGUCUAUCUAUCUCAGAAUAGUCCACUAUAUCUUUGGAUCCUCGUGUUUAUUACCUGAGAUCCUUUACCUGGAGAUGCCCCCACCCUCCAUAAGUCACAUUUAUUCCAGUGGUAUUUACAUGUGUAUUUCUGUGUCAAGAUUGAAGGUGAACAUAGUUUCGUUGGGGAGUGCUCUGGCUUAUUUUGUACAGCAGAGUGUAUUUCUGUUAUUCUGCUGUUUGAUAUACCUACAUCACUGUUUCCUGGCUUCUUUGUCUUGGUUAUAUUGCACUUUAAGUGUGUUGUGUAUAUGAAUUUAUAUAGAGAAAAUGUACUGUGUUAGUAUUGCUAUCUCUGUUAACGAUGGUAUGUCUGAAAGUUGUAAUUUAUUUUACUGAAAAAUUAUGUUAGCAUAUGUGUUAAUAUGUGUCACUUCUCCCAGCAACGUUUUUGCAUCAAUGUUAAUUUUUCCUUAUACAACUCAAGCACUUCUGCUUUGAUGCUUUCAUUGCCAGAAGUAAGAUGUAUGUGAGUUCUGAAUGUUAAUAUCAACAUUCCCUAAUAUGUCACAGACACUGAAUAUUAAGCCCAUUCAUCGUGGUUAAAGGACAGGGUGUACAUUCUAAAUGGUUUCUGUAACUAUGUGUUUCUUUCAAAUAAUAAAAGAUUUUGU